CUGGCUUGGACCAUUGACUUUCAACUUUACAUUAGAACAACAAGGACAGCAUCUAAGUUCCACGGACUGUUAGGUAUUUUUAAAGACAGAAUUACAGCCUUGUUUGUAUUGGAGCAGCUCUAGUGGCAUUUGCCAACAGCCAUGCAGGUUUCCUUUGCAUGCACGGACCACGGGCUGAAGGCCCCGCGUAACGGCGAGCACAGCAAGCAGAACGCCACCAGCCCCAACACAACCAGCCAGGCCCGCGCCCGCUUCCGCACCGUGGCCCUGAUAGCACGCAGCCUGGGCUCCUUCACCCACCGCUACCACCACAACCUCAAGGAGUCCACCGGCAAGCUCACCGGCAUGAAGUACCGGAACCUGGGGAAAUCUGGGUUGCGUGUCUCCUGUCUGGGGCUCGGCACAUGGGUAACAUUUGGAGGUCAGAUCUCUGAUGAGGUGGCAGAGCAGCUGAUGACUAUCGCGUAUGAGAGUGGGGUCAACCUGUUCGACACGGCGGAAGUCUACUCCGGGGGGAAAGCAGAGAUAAUCCUGGGAAACAUCAUCAAGAAAAAGUGCUGGAGGAGAUCCAGCCUGGUGAUCACCACAAAGCUUUACUGGGGAGGAAAAGCAGAGACAGAGAGAGGGCUCAACAGAAAGCACAUCAUUGAAGGUUUAAGGGGCUCCCUCCAGAGGAUGCAACUUGAGUAUGUGGAUGUGGUUUUUGCCAACCGGCCAGACAGCAACACUCCCAUGGAGGAGAUAGUGAGAGCAAUGACACAUGUGAUCAACCAGGGGAUGUCUAUGUAUUGGGGGACAUCCAGGUGGUCUGCCAUGGAGAUCAUGGAAGCAUACUCUGUGGCCAGACAGUUUAAUCUAAUUCCACCAGUGUGUGAGCAGGCAGAGUAUCACUUCUUCCAGAGGGAUAAAGUGGAAACUCAGCUGCCAGAGCUCUACCAUAAGAUAGGUGUGGGUGUGGUAUCUUGGUCACCUUUGGCCUGUGGAAUCAUCACUGGGAAGUACGAGAUCGGCAUCCCAGAAUCCUCCAGGGCCUCAAUGAAGCCAUACCAGUGGUUGAGGGAGAAAGUAAUGAGUGAGGAUGGGAGAAAACAACAAGCCAAGUUAAAGGAACUGGCUCACAUCGCAGAGAAGCUUAGUUGUACUUUGCCGCAACUAGCCAUAGCCUGGUGCCUGAGGAACGAGGGAGUCAGCUCAGUGCUGCUGGGAUCCUCCAAUCCGAGCCAGCUAACAGAGAAUCUGGGAGCCAUUCAGGUAAUUCCAAAGAUGACAGCAGGUAUUGCUUCAGAGGUGGAUCAUAUACUGGGAAAUCGUCCUCACAGCAAAAAGGACUACCACCAUUAGGAUGCACCCUGUUUUAGUGAACUAUGCUUGAAAAAGCUGAUCAAAGCUCAAUUCUCACAGCCAUGGCACCAUAGCGCGUGCCCAACUUUGCUUGUGUGCGCGUAUGGCGUGUAUGUGUGACUGUGUAAAGUGUUCUGCUUGGCUUCUUGUCUGUAUGAAGAUCAACCAGUACUCAUUCUGAAGUGAGCUACUUGACAAAACAUGCAUGCUAUAGCUAUAGCAGGCGGCCACUGGACUGAACAACAGUUAGAAGAUCCAGUGAGAUGAUUUCUGGAGCGAAAUACUCUUGCACUCCAACAAGCUGUUGAACCACAAAUUUUAAGUAACAAAAUAUUAGAUUAUGGAGGAAUAGAUUACUGCACAAUUAAACUCAAGCUGAUUGACAACUAGCGUGUGGCGGUUACUGAAAAGUUUGUCAUUGUAUCAAGAAAAGAAAACUGAAGCAGCACUUUGUCUAGAGCAGGGGUCUUCAACGUUUUUUAGGCCAA